AUGCUGCCUUGCUUCCAGCUGCUGCGCAUAGGGGGUGGCAGGGGCGGAGAUCUCUAUACUUUCCACCCUCCCACCGGGACUGGCUGCACCUAUCGCUUGGGCCGCAGGGCUGACUUGUGUGAUGUGGCCCUGCGGCCCCAGAGAGAGCCCGGCCUCAUUUCUGGGGUGCAUGCUGAGCUACACGCAGAACUCCAGGGUGAUGACUGGAGGGUCAGCCUGGAGGACCACAGCAGCCAAGGGACCUUAGUCAAUAAUGUCCGACUCCCAAGGGGUCACAGGCUGGAGUUGAGUGAUGGCGACCUCCUAACCUUUGGCCCUGAGGGGCCCCCAGGAACCAGCCCCUCCGAGUUCCACUUCAUGUUCCAGCAAGUUCGAGUCAAACCUCAGGACUUUGCGGCCAUUACCAUACCACUAUCUCGAGAAGAAACUGGAGCCAGGGGUCGUUUCCAGCCUAUGUUGCCUUCUCAGGGGGCUCCACAGCGACCCCUCAGCACCUUCUCCCUUGCCCCAAAGGCAACACUAAUCCUCAAUUCCAUUGGCAGCCUCAGCAAGCUCCGCCCCCAGCCCCUUACCUUCUCCCGGGGUGGGGGUGGGCCCCAGAGCCUACCCCUUUCCACUCCCCCUGGGGAAGCGGGGACCACCUCUUCUGCCCCAGCCCCAGCCCCCAGAAACCGGAGGAAAUCAGCUCACCGAGUGUUGGCAGAACUGGAUGAUGAGAGAGGGCCACCUGAGAGCCCCCCAUCAGUCCUCAUGGAGCCCAGGAAGAAACUCCGUGGAGAGAAAGCCUCACUGACACCCAGUGGAAACCGUCGUGGGCGUCCUCGGAAGCACCCAGUGAGUGCCCAUUUGGCGCCCCCUGCAGUUGGGGUCAGGGAGCCCUGUGCAGCUCCCCACUGUUGCCUGCCCCAAGAAGAGACAGUGGCCUGGGUUCAGUGUGAUGGUUGUGACACCUGGUUCCAUGUGGCCUGUGUUGGUUGCAGCAUCCAGGCUGCCAGGGAGGCAGAUUUCCGAUGUCCAGGGUGCAGAAUUGGCAUCUAG